AUGGGCCAGGAAGCCACCUCUCUGUUGCCGGAGGGCAUCUUCUCCCUUCUGGACACCGAUCUUUACAAGCUGACGAUGCAAUGCGCCGUCCUCAAGUACUUUCCUGAUGUUUAUGUGACUUACGGCUUCACGAACCGCACCCCGGACAUGAAGCUGCGCCGCGGAGCGUAUAAAUGGCUUCUGCAACAGAUGGACAAGCUCGCCAACAUCCGCGUCACCGCCGAAGAACGCGCUUUUCUCAAGAACAAAUGCCCGUACUUCAACGACGCCUACAUCACCUUCCUUGAGACAUUCCGACUCAAACCUUCUGAGCAGAUCGAGAUCAAGUUUAUGCCUGUCCAGGACACGGGCAGUGACGAUGAUGAGGGUCUGGUGGAGUAUAUCAUCAAGGGACUCUGGCUCGACACGAUCCUGUACGAGAUCCCACUAUUGGCGCUGACCAGCCAGGCAUAUUUCAUGUUCAGCGAUACCGACUGGGACCAUGAGAACCAGGAGGAGAAGGCAUACCGCAAGGCCUGCGCGCUCCUGGAGAAUGGGUGUAUCUUUUCGGAGUUUGGAUCGCGUCGUCGUCGGGACUACCGUACCCACGACUUGGUCAUGACUGGGUUGUGUCGAGCUGCAGAGGAGGGCAAACGGCAAGGGUGGAAAGGUGUUUUGUCGGGAACGAGCAAUGUGCAUUUUGCGAUGAAGUACAACACCAAUGCUGUGGGGACUGUGGCGCAUGAGUGGUACAUGGGCAUUGCGGCUAUCACGAAUGACUAUAAGAACGCCAACGAGCUGGCUUUACGGUACUGGCUUGGAUGUUUUGGAGAAGGGGUCCUCGGAAUUGCCCUCACCGACACUUUCGGCACGCCCGCCUUCCUUGACGCUUUCCACAAGCCCAUUCCCGAGCCCAUUGCCGCACCGAUCCAGAAUGGCAGCAGUCACCCAACCAAAACGUAUGCACAGGUCUACGAUGGCGUUCGACAAGACUCAGGCGAUCCAGCGAACUUCGUCAAAAUGGUGCGGCAUUUCUAUGACCGCGAGGGAAUUACCUCCCCGAAGACGGUGGUCUUCUCGGACUCCCUGACAAUCGACCUGUGCCUGGAGUACAAGACCAUUGCUGAGGAAGCGCACUUCAAGCCCGUGUUUGGCGUGGGCACUUUCUUUACCAAUGACUUCACCAAUCGAUCUAACGGCCAGAAAUCCAAACCACUCAAUAUCGUCAUCAAGAUCGCAACAGCGAAUGGUCGUCCGGCUGUCAAGCUGAGUGAUAAUAUGGGCAAGAACACGGGUGACCAUGAAACAAUCCAGAAGGUGAAGAAGCAGCUUGGAUAUGUGGAGCAAGAGUGGGAGGAAGGCGAUGAAAGUAAUCGCUGGGCGCGGCGCACAUAA